AUGAACUCUGGGUUAGAAGAAGAGCAACAUUUAUUGAAGGGGCGCCCUGUACUCCUUGCUCUGGCCUUUGUCGGGUUAGGAUGUCGAAGGAGAUAUAAGCAUAGGGACCGCUCCCGUUUAACUACGGAAUCCCCAGGCUCGGUACCUGGAGUGUCGAUUCUUCGGCCUCUGAAGGGUCUCGACACCAACCUUUAUGAGAACCUUGAGUCAUCCUUUACUCAAGAGUAUCCGAACUUUGAAAUUCUCUUCUCUGUCGCACACGGGGAUGACCAGGCGCUCCCUGUUGUGAGAGAAUUAAUGGCAAAAUAUCCACAUGUCAAUGCCAAUGUCAUCGUAGGAGAGGAAAUUGUCGGCGUCAACCCAAAAGUCAAUAACCUGAUGCGGUCGUACCGCCAGGCUGCAAAUGAUAUUCUCUGGGUGCUCGACUCGAAUGUCAUGGUACAUUCCGGUGCCAUGGCACGUUCCGUUGAGGCUCUACAGGGGAAGAGCCGAUCUGGAAGACGCAUCGCUCUCGUCCAUCACGUUCCUUUCGCAGUCGUGAACGAAUCAAGGAUUGGUUCCAGAUUGGAUGAAGCCUUUUUAAACACAAAUCACGCGAAGAUGUACAUUGCCAUUAACACCGCAGCUAUCGACUCCUGCGUCAUGGGCAAGUCGAACCUCUAUCGGCGUUCUGAUCUUGAACGAGUGAACGGUUCACGGAAGCCGAUUGCUCAGCAAGACAGUCAAUCUAAUGAGCAAUGCGGGCUGCCUGCAUUUGGCCGCUACCUUGCAGAAGAUAAUAUGAUCGCAAGUGCUCUCUGGCAUGAACUAGGGGAAAGACACGAGCUAUCUUGCGACGUCGCUCGUAACAUUGUAGGGAAAAUGUCGCUUGCCGAUUACAUCCAACGACGCGCGCGAUGGAUCCGCGUCCGCAAGCAUAUGGUUCUUGCCGCUACACUCCUAGAACCGCUGACAGAAUCCGUGGCGGUCGCAGCUAUUGGUUGUGCAAGUUUGAAGUAUCUAUUCAAUAUCCCUGCACUACCAUUCCUCUUUCUUCACUUCGUUUUGUGGCUCUCAGUAGAUCUAGACGUGUACCGUUCCCUAGCGGGACACCGUCUCCCUGCAUCUAUUCGGUGGGAAUUUUUGGGUGCAUGGGUUGGUCGAGAAUUUUUGGCGUUGCCAAUAUUCUUCUACGCGGUAUUUGGGGAUACAGUCAACUGGAGGGGCAGACGAUAUCAGGUCCUUCGAAACGGAGAAGUUCGACCUGCACAGGAAGGGCGCCAUUGGCUUGGGUGGGCUAGUAGACAAUCUCAUGAUUACGAACCUCUUGAAGUCGAGGAACACUAA